CUCAUAGUUUUCUAAAGGAAUUAGAAUUUUUCAGAAACAUGUCUUCCAAACUGCUGGUGCCAGUGGCAUUAGGCUUGUCACUAGUCUCAGUGACAGCAUUCGUGGUCUACUACGUCUUUAAAAAAGAUGAAGAAGAUGAUACCUCAUCCAAAAAAAAAUCAGUUAAAACGUCACGGAUAAAUGUCAUUGAAAUAAAUGUGCCUAAGAGCAUUGUACCUGCGCUGAUUGGUCGCAGUGGCUCUAACGUCAAGGAUAUAGAGAAAAAAACCAAUGUCAUGAUUCAUUUUAAGAAGUUUAGCGACAAAGAUUACGACGUCUGCAUCAUUCGAGGUCGCAGCCACGCGACGCAGCUGGCAGAGACAAUGAUCCACGAUUUUAUAAAACUGCAGCCUGUUAUUGUCGAGGACAGCUUGGUUGUGCCUAACUGGUCAUGUGGCAGAAUUAUUGGCACGGGUGGCGAGAACAUAAACGACAUAAGCCACCGUAGUGGUGCGCGCGUUAGGAUUGAAGGCAACGCCGCCAAUGACAACAGCACCCAACGCCUAGUCACCUUCAAAGGCACCCAGGAGCAGAUCGCGCAGGCCAAGAAGCUUAUUGAGACAUGUGUGGCCCAAGAGAAAUGCCGUCGAGAAAUCGAGCAAUCAAAACGCAGUCCGCGGCAUGCGCAGCCUAUACCAGCGGUGGCCUCUGCCUCUGCCUCGGCCGUCGCAGACCACCCCGACGAAGCCACAGGUGACCCCAAGCCCAAGUAUAAGCGGCCUGAAGGAGCGGGCGCGAGUAUUGAAGUUUACGUGUCAGCGGUCUCUUCUCCUGCACGGUUUUGGGUGCAGUUGGUGGGCCCGCAGGUGGCACAGCUGGACGACUUGGUGGAGCAUAUGACCGAAUACUAUAACAACAAGGACAACCGCGCCAACCAUGCCUUGAAGGAAGUGUCGAUCGGGCAAGUGGUGGCGGCGGUAUUCCGACACGAUGGCCGUUGGUACCGAGCCCGAGUUCACGAUAUACGACCUAACGAGUUUGACGCCACGCAACAGGUAGCAGACGUGUUCUACAUGGACUACGGUGAUAGCGAAUACGUGGCUACGCACGAGCUUUGCGAGCUGCGUGCCGAUCUGCUCAGGCUGCGCUUCCAGGCGAUGGAGUGCUUCCUGGCGGGUGUGAAGCCUGCAGGCAAGGAAGAGGACGUGGUGGGCUUGACAGCUUCGGGCCAGCGCUGGGACAAAUGGCACCCACAGGCGGUCGAACGCUUCGAGCAGCUCACGCAGGUGGCGAGAUGGAAGCCACUAGUGUCUCGAACGUGCACGUAUAAGAAGACGGCGGCUGUCGAAGGCGACAAGGAGAAAGAGAUACCCGGUAUCAAACUAUUCGACGUAACUGAAGAGGGCGAACUAGACGUUGGCGCGACGUUAAUAGCAGAGGGCUGGGCUGUGGCUGCGCCCUCCUCCCCUCGCUCCUCUCCGCCGCGCCCCCCGGCGCCGCAGACCCCCUUCGGUGAUCUUGGCAACUCCAGAAUACUAAACAUGGCUGGCGGCGCGAGAGCGACCUCUAUGCCCAAGGACCAUAAGGACGAUGGCAGCGACAUUCUACGGCCGGCACCCAGCACCAACAAAGAAAACGACAAGAUUGCAUCUUCAAAAUCCCUCGGCUCUGGCCUCGAAUCGAGCGACAAACCAAAAUCGAUAUCGAAUUUCGACUUAACGUACUCCAACUCUAGAGCACAGAAAACAGAUGUCAACGGUUCUCACGAUUUCCUCAAUAAAGAACGUUCAAAACUCGAUAUAGAAGGUUCCAAUGACACUUUAAUCCCUAACUUGUCGGGUUCAGACGUUCUGAAAGCGAAAAUGAACAGAAUAGACUCCCAUCAUGGCAAUUUAGAGCAUCUGACGCAUUCGCAAACGGAUUUGCAUAAUUAAAACACCAAUUAUCAAGAAAAUAGAACCUCCACCAACACCACAACGGCCUAUGUAAGCAAUGUAUUAUAUAGAAGAUAACCCUGGUAAGAAAAGUUGACUUCGCUGAACUCGGUGGCGUUAUAUUGCACUCUUAAUAAUAAAGUGACCAAAAUGAAAAGGAAAUUUUUUGGGAAAUAUUAAUAUGAAUAAUAUACUAGGUGAUAGAAAACUAACAUAUUUUCAUCUCGUAAGAUUUAUUCAUUAAUAAUCAAAUGGCAUUCACGGCUGGUGCCACGUUAACAUUUUUUUAAUCAAUUUUCUUAGAUUCUCAAACAUUUUUUCGCAUUUAUUGUUUUUUGUAUUUCGUCAUUUUAUUAAUAAGGGUGCACUAUGGUGUAGUAGGUGGGAUAAAGCGAAAAAAGCGAGUAAAACUCGAAGCUCAGGAACAGUACUUAUACAAAAUAUUGUAGAAUGUAAUGCAAAACACGGUCGUUCCCCCGGUUAUGAUGAUUGAAACUAAGAAUCGUUGAAAUGUUUUACGCAUUUCAUUGCACGCUAUAUUAAAUGUAGUGUAUUAAAAUUCUAAGAAAAGUUAAUUUCUGUACAAUAAAAAGUAGGAUCUCGUACCUAAUUGUCUAGCUUCAUUGUCAACGUGACGUUCUCAGUUGAAGAUCUUGGUGAUUUAGCAGGUUUGAUUCCAGAUAGGACAAAUUUGGAAAAGAACCUUCCUGAAUUAAAUACAUACAUAAGUCUUAUUCACUAAUAUGUCAAAAUAUGUAAAA